AUGGAUCUUGACGGAGACACAAAGGUCACUCUGAAUGAUCUGAUGCUGUUCGUGGGCCACUCGGGAGGCAUCCGCCAGUUCUUCGAGAAACGCCGCCUCAGAAUCUCCACGAGCCGCCAGGACGUCGACCACCAUUCGGGAGUGGUGGUCGGGUCCAGAGUGAAGGCGCACUUCUAUUUUCAGGGUCAGAAGUCCACCGUCUGGCGCGAGGCCACCGUCCGCGCGGUCGGCGUUGCUCGAGAGAGCGUGGAUGGCGUGGGACCUGCCACAUUAGGCUGCGGGCUUCAAUUCAAUUUUGGCCCUGGCGGCAAGUGGAAGGCAUACCAGGUGGUUCCGAUGCACUGGAUUCUGGGUCAGGCCCACAGCCUAGAGGUCGAGACGGCUCUAAGGGAGUCUGGCAUCGUCGAGGAGCAGCAGUCAUAUUUCAGCAUGCUUCUGCCCGACACGGAGAUCCUCACCAUGGAGCGUCUGGCAGUGUGCCAGCGGGCGGCCCUCAAGAAUGUCAGGCAGAAGGCCACAGAGCGCCAUAACGAAGCCAUCGGUCCCGCCAGGGAGCGCUUCAAGAGCCUCGGCUAUGGCGACCACGUGUUGGGCAUGGUGCUGGAUUGGGUUCAGGAUCUGGCUCCGAUGGUCAUUCAUGUUAAGCUGGACGACGUGGGCCGCUUCAUGGAGACCGACGAAUAUUAUCGCAGCCAGUUCGAGACCAAAACCUCGAACGGCGCGAACGACCCGCAGAACCUGACAAGACAGGGUUGGGAGCGGUCCCUGUUCGGCGGCGCCUAUGAGGAUGCAAAGCCUUUUGAGCGUUGCAAGUAUGGCGCCCUCAACGUUAUGAACGACUACCGUGGAGUUCUCUCGGCGAAGCAAUACGGCGAUUCCUACCUUGUGCUCAAGGACGUGCGCAUGCGGACAACCCUGACUUACACAGACUCGUCAUGCGUCGACAUCGAGAGCCUCGGAGUGUUGGACAAGUACGCCCACGUGCUGCAAAGCUACAAUGACACCGAGCUGAAAGCUCUUGCGGACGUCGCGGUCGCAGCAGUGACCAGUCAGAGGGUCCUUGGGCGCGCGAGCAGCGGCGGCCCCCAGCUGGAGCUCUUGCGGGGGACCUCCCACGACUCUGGCAUGGAGUGGAUCACCCUCGGCUUCCCCGAGCUGGGCCAGAAUUCUGGCAAGCUCUACCUGGAGGUGCACCUCACCAAGGGGUGCGUGGCGCCUCAAGUCGGCGUCCUCGCAUCCGGCUACAAGACCGUGCCAUACGCGGCGAGCGCCACGGGCGUCGGCGACGACGAGCUCGGCUGGGCAUGCGACGGAGUGAACUCUUCCCUGUGGCACUCUGGGGCCGAGAAACCCUGGGAGGCCCACUGGCCUGCAGAGAAGAACGCCAGCGGAGAGAUGUGCCUGGCAGAAGAUGCCGUCGUCGGCGUCGCGCUCGAUCUGGCGGAUCGGACGAUUCUGUUCUGCACCAACGGCAAGUGGGAUAGGCAGCCUGCCUUCACCUCUGGGGACAUUCCCGCAGGCGUGCAGCUCUACCCAGCGCUCUCCGUGAAAGGUCGGGCGGCCUUCUGUUUCGGCGACUUCAGGCAUCCCGCCCCGCCCGAAUUCCAGCCGUGGCCGGGCAUGCCGAGCUGGCCCGUGCGGUGCGACGUCCCCUUCAUCGGCGACUCCACAGCCUGCCGGAUCUACAAGGAGAUCCAGGUGCACGGCGAGGUGCACCUGAAGAGGCACGUGCAGCGCUUGGUGGCGCACAGCAAGUACCGCGAGCGGUCGAAGGUGAAGCGGUCUUUGAUGCUGUUUUUUGGUCCUCUGAAUCUGCUCGUGUCGAACGCGGGCGGCCUCGACGGCACCUUCAUGCGCAUGGGUGCCCACCAGGGCCGCCCUCUCUACAAGAGCGAGGGCGGCGCCACGGUGUACUGGGAUGCGGAGGCGAAGCGGUGGAAGCUGAACAGCUCCGAGGACUUCUCGUCGUUCGUUACGUCUGCCCCUGACGGUGCUGGCGACGUCCCCCCUCGGCGCGGAUGGGAGGUGAAGUAUGAGAUGCGUGGCGUGUUGUCCGUCGAUUGUUUCAAGAAAGGCAUGUCGAAGCUCAAGGUGAGCCAAGCAAACGUCGGCACCCUGGUGAAAGCGCUCGCGCGAGAAGGCGACGUUGUGUUCAAAGAGACAGAGAAAACAACUUUCGAAAGGGAAUGGAAGAAACUGAAGAGCACCACCUGUGAUGCCGACGAGGCUUGGGCUGUUUUAGUGAAGGAGGUUCAGUCCGAGGUUCUGAAGGCUGCAGGCUUUGACCGCCGCUGCGAGGUGUGCGAAACAGAGCACCCAUACUCAGCUAAUAAGUUCAGUUGGAGCAGGCAGAUUCCGAUGAAGUCUGGGGCUAUGCGCGUCCUCUUCUCGCCAAAGUGCCAGACGUACGACAGCCGUGCGGUCUUCAGUAUCAACUGCGGCGGCAUGCCCCGGAAAGCUGCAGGCCCAGGGUCGCGCGUGGAGGUGUCAGUGGAUGGGAAGACGAUCUACGGCACCGUGUCGGGGCGCCCCGACAAUGGACUGAAUUGGAAGGUGCGCCUGGAUCGCCGUGCAGCGCUGGCGUCAGGCUCUCUGGCUGAAAUCAGUUCGACUGUUGUCCCAGAGUCCGUGGGCACAUGCCGGCGCAACGAGCAUUACUAUCGAAGACUGGCGGAUUGCACGGUGGUUCGUGUGGAGAAGAAGAGCUCGACGAGGGUAAGCGUCGUGUACGACGCGCACGGCGACAUGACCGACGGGCCCAUGCAGGAUCCGAUGGACUCCAGGCUCUUCUGGAACGGCAGCCACAUGGCGGCCUCCUCGGGUGCGCCCAUCGAGACGAACCGUGACUCGCACUGCUCUGGCACGCUCUUCUUCGACGAUGUGCCCUCCAUGGAGGAUCUAGAGUUCGAGUAUGGAAGCAGUGGGUACAGCCGUGUUAAGCUCAGUGAAGUAGUGGAGGCUUGCCAAUUUUCUGCCGGAGAGAGCGUUGAGGCCAUGCGCAACGGAGAUUGGGACCUCGCCGAAGUCGUCGAGGCAAAGCCACCUGAUACUUAUGUCAUCAAGUGGGCAGAUGCAGUCGGCGACAGUGAAGGGCUCGAGAUGCCUGUCGAUCAGGUCCGAAAGAAGCCAGAGGAAUCGGAUGGCAACGUUCUGGAAGACAUCAAACGAUGCAGAGGCUCUCACUGGGACUCGGAGUGCUUCGCUAGCUUUGCCGAGUCCCCCAAGAUGGCAAUUGUUGAGUACCUCGACGCCUCCAAACGACGAGACUAUCGGACAUCCGCUGCCACGAAAACUAACAACAAGAAAGUAAAGCAAAAGCGACAGCCCACCCCAAUCAAGAUGAACCAUGUCGGAGAAGAGAUCAAGGCUUUCGAUUUGGACUUGGCCCAACCGCUCACCCCGAUCCACAUCAAGGAGUUCGUUGCUAAUGGUCCAGCGCAACAGAUGGGCGUCUGCGAAGGCUGGUUCUUGGACAUCGCUGGCACAAUUAUGGGAGACUCCAGCAGACAGUGGGCCAGGCUCCUCAGCGGCUUCGGCGGAGUCGAUUUCACCGAUUCCGAUAAGAACACUGUCAUGCUCGAUGCCGCAAACGACGAGAGCGCAGAGGUUAGGUUGAGUCCGCAGGAGGGACACCGGCACAAGUGGUAUUGUGGGCGAACUCUGGGCAAGGAGGCCAUUCCUGGCUCCAACGGAAGGUGCGGCCCCAAUAAUGGGCCACAGUGUGUGCCGUGCAGGAGGUUCCAGGAAGCGUUCCAGAUUAACGACGCUCUCGCUCCUGUGAGCUUGGGCAACCGCCAGGACUUCACAACCUUCUGGUAUUGCGGGGGAGAGUCGGGGGACGGCUGCUGCUCACCUGGCUCGGGGCCACAGUGCCAGUCAUGCAAGCGUUUUCAGGACAGGCUUGACGCACUCCAGUCACCCGCCAAAGACAGGUUGUUUGCCGAGCGGCUGCAAAGGCUUGUCGAUGCCUGCUUCCAGGAUCCCAAGGCCUUCCUGGACAGGCUCACUGCUGCCAUGGCGGACGGAACGCUCCAAGACGUUGCCAUGGUAUUCACGAACAGCGCAAGCCUGCAGGAGCCGAAGCUGCUGCCAGAUGUGCACGUCGUCUACCCAGAGGGCCAGCGAGUUGGGAGCGAGGUCCGCCUCUUCCAGACCUGCGAAAAGGUGUCCUUGCCGGAGUCUACGCCUGGCGUGCCUUCGCACAUGUCCAAGCACCCGUACGGCUCGGGCUUCGCUGGCUUUCGCGGCCGGGGGAUGAGGGGGGCCGCGCCGCAGCAGCCUGGCCAGGCUGUCCAAAUCGAGGAGUUUCUGAAGAAGGGCGUGGCCCACGCAGCCGGCGUGCGCGAGUACUGGAGCUUGGACGUCGAGCGGACGUUGUCCCUGAACGGCGCCAAGAUGGCAUCCCUAACAUCGGCCGAGAUCGUCGAGAACCCCAAUGUCUUGCUGGCGCUGUCUGGCGUGACGCUGGUAUUCGAGCACCCGUGCCCAGUGAAGAGGACUCAGGUCUCGUGCCACGGGCCCCCUGGCGCGUCCAACUGGAAGGCCGGCCUCAUCACCGGGAGCGCGGCCGACGUCUGCUUCAGCACCGACGGCGACGGCUCGAUGCACCCCAGCAGAAGGUGGGGCUUCCGCGCCAUGUUCCUCCCGUUCGACGUGCCCCGACCCUCGGCGGAGAAGAUGGACCAGCUCUUCCAGAGCUUCGAGGAGGCGACCAAGCGCGCCAUCGGGGUUACCGAGCCGAUGGACGUGCAGCGCGACGACUGGGACGAGGCACGGCUUCGGGCUCUGUGCGAGCAGCACGGCUGGGAGUUCUCGUGGAUGACGGAAGACGGCGAGUUCCAGCGGCGGCAGAGGGAACACGCCUCGUUUGACGUCGACACAGUGGAUGUCGCGAGGAUUCGAGCUCUGUCGGCGCGUUUCGGCGCCAGGGCGGAGGCUCUUGCGGCCGACGAGCCACGCGAGGAGGUUGAUGCGACACCGGCCGAGGUUUAG